AUGUCAGAUUCAUUAGCAUAUUUCUGACUAUAUCUAAUGCUUGCGCAAAGACGCACCACUACUGCUGCAACGCACUGACCAGAGACCUUCUACUCAUCAGACCACACCUCGACCAACUGCAAUAAUGAGUGACAAGCCCGAUAUCUCAGAAGUGACCAGCUUCGACAAGACCAAGCUGAAGAAGACAGAGACGCAGGAGAAGAAUCCCCUGCCUUCAAAAGAAACCAUUGAACAGGAGAAGGCUGCAACGUCGUGAAGCCCCUCCCUCCCGUCAUGCACUGUACACCCCCCCACCCCCCCACCCGCCCCUGCAUUGCCUUGUUUUCAGUCACUUCUUUUAGCUGUAUAAUUUUGUAACCGAAAUUAUGAAACGACAACAAUAACCAAGCUGCACAGUCCGCGGGACGACAGAUGAUGCCUUCGCCCGGGCAGUCGGCCCCCGUCCCCUCAGCAAAUGCCACCUUGAACCACCUUCAUGUGAUGCGCUCGUCUUUUUGGGGAGAUGAGGGAAGAUUCGUCUGAGGCGGAGGGAGGACGGACUGACAAGAUGGUCCCAGAGGCGUACAUCUCCUCUCCAGCACCACCUUAACGACCAACAUCAGAGUGAAGUGCAGCAGAGAGGCGUGAGGGACGAGGUUUGCAUCCCAGGAAGCUCAUCAUCGUCUCACCACCACCGCCACCACCAACACCCAACUUCCUGUGUGGCCGCUUUUGCGCCAAAGCUGGGGCGUCAAGCUUUUUUCUUUUUUUUAUUGGUUUUUUCGUCUUCUAAUUUUCGGAAAUGCACAACUUUGUUUGUACGCUGGCCAAAAUGUAAAUGCCCCCAAAAUUGAUACUGUUGACUGUCACAAUGUUUUUUCUUUUGUAUGUACACAUGGAUUUAAAAAAAAAUAAAAAUGUAACGGAUUCCAUCUAGAUCUGGGAGAUACUCAAGUGGACCUUAUUUAUAAGGUUUAAAUUGUAACGUACUUUGGCCAUUUUUGUCAGAGUGAUUCGGGAUAGCUUUUGUGUUGCAAUCUCUGUCUCUGAAUUAUAACAAAUGUGGGAAAAAAAGUUUUAAAGAACAACAAAACACCGGCAAUUGAUUCCAUGUGUUUGCUUUCAACCGUAGAUCAAAUUCUUUGCAGUUUUGUAAAGUCCCAGCAGUCAUGUUAAUCUGCCACAAACCAUUACCCGAAAUGGAAAACCGUGAAAUGUUGUAAUAAAAAAGAAUUUGUUACUAAGAA